AGUGUAGGUACGAUGAUAAGAGAAAUAUAUAUAAAGUACAACAACUUUUAUUUCACUUCUCCUUUUAUUGUCCACGUGUAGUUUUGAAAGAUGUACUCUUUUGCUAUCCUUGCUUGUCUUAUCUCUACGGCUGUUGCUAUGUCGACAACACGCGGCCACCAUCACCAUACGGGCCCAACACACUCGCCUGAUAGAAACGAAGCGUUCGUUUUCCAUUACAAUGCCCAGACCCAAACAAUGGCCGUGAAGACCCAUCGCCAUUGUUAUCUCUACACGCUAUCAUCUGCUGAACACACAAGCGUACACACGAAUACAGGUCUACAUUCAACUGAGAAAACAAUGAUUGACCUGAUUGAUGCCCAUGGCUCUUUCUCGACCGUGUCUCUACAUGACCUCAAUACAAUGAGCCAUGACUUGUCUCAUUUCUGCGGCCACCUCACAACAAUGAAAAUUAAUUGAUUGAUUGGACUCGUGCUCCAUGUUGAAAAUAUUAAAUUGAUACUGUCAGUU